GAAGAGAAGCUCAUUGGCUGAAUUUCACCGGCGAAGGACAACCUCAGCAGGCUCCUUGCUCUUAUGAUUACUACGAAGACCAAGAACACCAAGAACACCAACAUCAUGUCACACAUUCAACGAUUGUUUUAAAAAGUGCUUGAUAUCGUUUACUAUCCCCGUUUUCUUUACAGAUCGAUCACUACUUGAGUUUCUAUACUCUGUGCCGAGUGGUUCGUUGCGAGACGGCCAGUUGUUGCUGUCUUUACCAUCAGCGCCAAUCAACGUAAACAUCAACCAGAAUGGACACACCAUCAACAUCUACCUCUCAAGAGACCGCUACGGCUCAUUCUAAGAGAAAUCGUGUUCAAUUGAGUUGUACACCAUGUCGACAUGCUAAGCUUAAAUGCGAUCGAGCUCAACCGUGCAGUCAAUGUCAAAAGAAGGAUAGGGUAGGAUCAUGUUCAUAUCCCACGCCCCUACCUAGAAAGAAAGCCGCGAUGACAAUGCACAAAAGAUUGAAGCACCUGGAAAGUUUGGUUAAGGAUGUUAUGAAUUCUCAACAAUCAGAUGGGCCACAUACUCCUCCACGUGAUGGCCAGGAGCCCGAAAACCUCGUUGCCAGAGCGGAGGCUCUGGGGAUCCCAGCGGAAGAUCAGAGAUCAAAUACGGCCGGCAAUUCCCUAUCUAGUUUAGACAAGUCCUCAACUAUCCAACAGACAACACCUCCCCCAGGGCAGAUUGUAAUUGGCGGGAAGGAAACACAAUAUGUUGGCGCUACUCACUGGGCUGCAAUUCUUAAUGAUAUAGGAGAAGUCAGAGAAUAUUUUGAUGAAGGAGAAGACGAUGAUGUUGAAGAAGAGACUGGGCCGGAAACCACGCUGCUGUUCAACACAGAUGCACCACCAACCAAAGCCAAACUAUUGGCAGCUUUACCUGCCCGUAGAUUCGUUGAUAGGACUGUUCAAGGUUAUUUUCAUGGAGCCAAUCCUGCAUUGCAUAUUCUGCAUGCUCCGACUUUUCAAAAAGAGGUAACGUAACGUUUUCUUCCGUUUUUAAAUCGAUUGAAAUAUUAGAUCUAAGAGAGACUAUUCUACGGCUACCAUGCUGAAAAAGUCUUUCAUUUCUGUUAUCGAUUGCGUGCUAUAUAGAUUGCUCUCUAUCUCUUGAAACUUGAUGUCCGAAAUUGCUCAUACUCAUUAAAUCGAUCAGUAUCUGAAAUUUUGGGCCAAUCCUCAUGAAAUUUCUCUCUGUUGGCUGGGCUUAUUAUAUGGCAUAAUGUGUCUGUCUUUAUUCUCCAGUUAUGCAGCAGGCGAAGAAAGUCCAGAUGAGCGCGCUUCUCAAAUGCAAACGAUACGAACAUAUCGACGCAACUGUAUCCAAUGCAUCCGCCUAUCGGAUUACACAAAACCAGGAAAGUAUACAAUUGAAGCAAUUCUCGCUCAUUUGGAAGGAGAAUUUAUGCUGAACGAUUCUAAUCAGGUGAACUGCUAUGUGGUGCUUGGUGUUGCUGUCCGGUUAGCCUUACGAAUGGGUCUUCAUCGAGAUCCCGAUAGAGUUGGUGGACAAAUUACUCCGUUCCAAGGAGAGAUGCGUAGACGACUUUGGGCCGUUUUGAGACAAAUAGAUUUAUUGUCAUCCUUUCAUAUUGGAUUGCCUAGUAUGGUUGAAUCCGUUGAUAGUGAUGUUCAAUUGCCCCGAAAUUUGAACGACUCGGAUUUCGAUGAAGAUUGUACAGAGCUUCCACCCGCUCGACCUGACUCAGAGGUAACAUCAAUAUCGUACGUUCGGUUCAAGAACAAAAUAUGUCAGGUGUUCGGGAAAAUUGCAACACAUGCGAACUCAUUAUCCCCUCCUUCUUACGAUGAGGUCAUGGAAUUAGAUAGCCAGUUGGACGCGGUACAAGCAACUAUACCGCCAUCUUUCCGAUUUCAACCGAUAGACAGUUGUGUCGCCGACCCAGCACAGUUGAUUAUUCAGAGAUUGAAUAUCGCUCACCUUCUAUGUAAAAGUCGAUGCGUUUUACACCGUAAGUAUAUUGUAAGCAAUCAGGAUUAUGUUGAGCGAGAAUAUUCCGUCAAUGUCAGUAUCGAUGCCGCAAUGCAGCUUCUCGAUCUCCAAAAACAGACUUACGAAGCUACACAACCAGGAGGGGUGUUAGCCCGAGAUAGGUGCUUUCCAUCUUCAUUAACGAUGCAUGAUUUUCUACUCGCGGCAAUGAUCGUGUACAUGAAGACGAUGAGGAUACUGGAAGAAGAAAUUAGAGAAAGCCCUAGGAACGGCUUGUGUCUAGGCGCCUCGUGUCGGAAACGAAAACUGGAUAUGAUUUCUGCGCUAAAGAUGUCGUCGGAUUCAUGGCAGGUUACGCAAAUGAGAUACCCGGAGUUUAAACGGGCAGCGGAUGUGCUGUCUGUAAUGAUGAGAAAAAUCGGUACGGCUUCUGUGGCACUUGGGGAGUCACAAAUAUCUUGGGGUAUAAAUUCAGGCACAAAUGAUACAGAUUCGAUGGCUGGUUUGUCUUUGGAAGAUAGAUUCGCAAUGAACCAAGCCACUAUAAACCCGCUAGAAGCGGUCCCGUGGUCUAUGGAUUCCUCUGCUCCCGCUCCAAAUUCCUCCUACAUGAAUUUGGAGACCACCCAACCUAUUCCCCCUCAAACGGAUUCUCUCAACGAGUCUGCACCGUUUGAUUCUUUGAUGGAUAUCCCUACUGACUUUGACUGGGAAUUGUUUGACAGUCAUAUCAGGGCAGAUGCUAAUCAGUUACCGAUGCAUGAUCAGCAUCUUCCGGAUAUAGACCUUGGGGUGGAGGGGAUGAAUGAUUUUGAAUUUGGAUUUGUACAAGGGGAUUGUGGAAACGUAUGAGGAGGAUCAUCAGGAAGCUAAAGAAUGAUGCACUGUAGUCGAACAAUUGAUACACUCCUCUAUUCUGUUCGAAUUAUAUGCAUAGAUGAAUGACA